AUGUCCCAUAAAAGCCCCUCUGGCUCGCCAGAGCAAUCCAAAGACAACUCAAACGCCCCCGCUGAUCCUGCGAUGAAAUGGGGUAUCUCUGCUGAGCCACACGACCCCAACCGGAAGCCAGGACCUGAUCAUCCUGUCCACCAGAUCCCUCUAGAAAAACAAGAAAAGAUGCGCAAGAAAGGGAUCAACCCGGUAUUGAAGGCGGAGAUGGAUCAGGCUUCGAAGGGCGAAGGAGGAUUCUGGCGUAAAGUUGCGCAGACCUCCAUGGGCGGCGGAUGGAUUAAAUGA